AUGCCAAUGUAUGAAGUUCUCUCUGGACAGGCGACGUGCCCAACAUGUUCAGGGGCAGGAUAUGUACCGAAAGAUUCAAAGGCAGAAUAUGUGGCCUUAAUUCCUUUGACGGACCGACGACUGCGACCACGCAGGAUGUGCCUCAAGUUAUUCGGCGCCGUGGUAGUAUGCUCUUUAACUUUUGUCCUCCUUUUGAUAUUCCUUUUCCCACGAACAAUCUCUAUUAGCAGCUCAGUAUACAAACUAUCACCGAUUACUGCUAUCGUUAACAGUGAAAAUUCUGUGAUAUACCUCACUGUGAAUAACCAAAUCAACGUUUCAAACCCAAACUUUGUCCCGGUAACAGUUAACAAAAUCACUGUAUCUCCGAAAUAUCGUUCGGUUGACUUACAAGAAACUGUCUCCAAUACCACCUGGACAACGCCACUUCGUUCAAAAACUUUGUUAAACGUAACGACAUUGUUAUACUUUGAGCACAAGCAUUUUGAUGUAAUUAAACUGUGUCUUAUGAAGCUGGAAUACUUUCAUGAUAUAUAUGUAACUUUUACAUUUCACGUGAGUUACACAUUAUUAUGGCAAAACUUUGACGCCUAUCUCACAAUUAUGCCAUUGGUUGAUUGUUAUCCAACCAAUAGGAGUGCACCUAGCAUGACCUUGAUGUGA